CAUGAAUGCCAGUACGAGCGUUGAUCGUGUACAAAAAAAGCAUUGACAAAAGCAACGCCGCUUACCAAGUAUGCGGGAUCGUAAAGAGUCUGUACCUGUGUUCAUUCCAUAGCUUUGGAAGGUGUUUGCAUUUAGUGGACAGGGAGGUGGAACUGCUAUCGAAUGGAUAAAACUACCCACUAAAAGCACAACACCUGAAUGGUGAUCAAUUGAAACUAUAAUCAACCCAUUAGUAUGCAAAACAUAUGAAUACUUGUGUUUGAUAAUACUGCCCGAUGAGUUGCCUCGGUUGGCACCGUGCUCUUGUGAAGAAAGUUCCAUGUUAAAUGUGCAGUUUAUAUAUGCAUCCGACUCCCGCAGAGUCAAGCGUGCUUGCAAUCGCCUCACUGGAAAGUGUCCUGUUUGUGAAGAUUUUGCAGCAUUUGACAACAUUUGAUCGGCAAAAUAAUUUGCAUACGCCAAGAUGAUCGAAACGAUCAAAAUGAUCGUGUGCCUGGUAGUGAUCACCUUCAUUGCCGCUGGUCAAUGUAAAGAUAUUAAUCCAACCACGAAUCUUAUAACGCCCGAAUCAUCUCGCCCGAUGCUGGAAUCGAUCAACGGUACGCGUAACUAUCGUGUGCACGGAAAAAAGGGCAAGGACGAAAAGACCUGGUAUGAUGGGCGUGAAAUGCGCUACAUUUAUUGUGUACGACCUGCCAAAUGUGAACCGAUACGAUACAAAUCGUGCCUCGGUUCAACCCUCCCGUACUCAUCGAUCAGUCUCGAUCUAACCGAUUCGUACAGCCAGGAAGAAACGCACAACAAACUGUUUCAGUACAAUGCGCUAAUCAAUGUACCGAAAUGCUGGGCGGUAAUACAGCCAUUUUUGUGCGCUGUGUUUACGCCCAAGUGCGAGAAGAUCAAUGGGCAGGAAAUGGUGUACCUGCCGUCUCUGGAGAUGUGUAAAAUAACGCUCGAACCCUGCCGCAUACUUUACAACACCAGCUUUUUUCCCGAAUUUCUUAAAUGCAACGAAACACUUUACCCUCCGAAGUGCAACAACGAUGUGCGAGAGGAAAUGAAAUUUAAUGCUACUGGCCAGUGUCAGAAACCAUUGGUAGCGGCUGAUUUGCCUGCGAAUUAUUAUAAAGAAAUCGACGGAUGUGGUGUACAGUGCAAGGAUCCACUGUACACAGACGAUGAACAUCGGCAGAUACACAAGCUAGUCGCGUGGGGUGCUAGCGUAUGUCUUACAUUCAAUCUGUUCACGCUCGCCACAUUUGCUAUCGACUGGCAGAAUGCGAACAAGUACCCGGCGAUGGUAAUAUUUUACAUCAAUUUCUGCUUCGCUCUAUCUUGUCUAGGAUGGUUAGCCCAGUUUACUCCAGGCGGUCGAGAAGACAUCGUUUGUCGUAAGGACGGUACGUUGCGCACGUCCGAGCCGAGCGCUGGAGAAAAUCUGUCCUGCAUUGUGGUGUUCAUACUGGUGUACUAUUUCCUCAUCGCAGCCAUGGUGUGGUUCGUCAUUUUCACCUACGUGUGGCACAUGAGCUUUAAAGCGAUCGGCAAAAUACAGGACCGGAUCGAUAAGAAGGGUUCGUACUUCCAUCUGAUCGCCUGGUCUUUGCCGCUCGUGCUGACGAUCACCAUUAUGGCAUUGAGCGAAAUCGAUGGCAACAGUACGGUGGGCAUUUGCUUCGUCGGUUAUCUUAAUCAUCCGAUCCGGGGCGGAUUUCUUUUGGCUCCCGUGCUCUGUGUGCUGCUUGUCGGUGGAUACUUUCUCGGCCGUGGACUGUUGACACUGAUACGUUUACGUAUAUCGAGCAAGGAAAUCAUUUCGGCACGUGCUAGCAAAAAGAUCCAUCAAACUAUCGUACGAAUGGGCAUCUGUACGACGUUUACGUUCAUAUUUAUCGUUGCCACCGUUGUCUGCCACGUGCACGAGUUCCGGCACAGUGCUGCGUGGGCAACGGCAUUGCGCCACUUUAUCGUAUGUCAAAUAACGUCCAUUUUCAACGAGGAUGUUACAAACAGCUGCCGUAUCGAACAUCGGCCCAGUGUGGCCAUUCUUCAGGUGCAUCUGAUCUGUUUGUUCGCGUCCGGUAUAGUAAUGUCGUCGUGGGUGUGGACCAACUCGACACUCGAAUCGUGGGGUCGGUAUUUUCGGAGGCGCUUCGGAACGGACAUCGACGAACCGGUGAAGCUGCAGAAGCAUAAGGUUAUAGCGCAGGCGUUCGCCAAACGGAAAGAGUUUCAAAAUCAGGGCCGAUUAUCAAUCUCAUUCCACAACUCGCACACCGAUCCGGUGGGUUUAAAGUUUGACAUAAAUUCCGCCAUCGGUAGCCACGAUUUCAGCUCGACCUGGGCAAACAAUUUGCCCCGCUUUGUGAAUCGUCGCUGUGCGCUUACUGGAGCCGCCACUAGCUCGAGUCACGAUCCGCGCAAAAACUCGGUAGACUCAGAGAUCAGCUUUAGCGUGCGGCACGUAUCGGUUGAAUCUCGCCGGAACUCGAUCGACUCCCAGGUGUCGGUGAAAAUUGCAGAAGUAAAAACGAAAGUGGCCAGCCGUAGUAGCCGUGGUACGGUUGUGGUUGGUGCCGCAGGUGGAAAACACGCCCAUAAAUCGCGUCAAAGUCGGAGAAGACACGAUUUUGCUGCUACUGGACGACGGUACAGCCGGAAGGAAAGCAGCACUUCCGUCGAGUCGCAGAUUGUCACGGCAGCAAUUCAAAAAUCUGCCGGAAGCGGAACAGGGCGGCAUUCAAGCGCGACGGGUACGUUCGGAGCCGGUAACAUGCAGCGCCGUACUGGAAUCGGUGCCAUGGAUGCGCAUCAGAUCAAUGAUUUGAUCUCGAAUGGCAAGCUGUUACUUCCGUUUCUGCAAGGCCAAGGACUGACCACAUCGGAGGAUGAUAACGUAUCGGUGGGUUCGUUCAAGCUGCAAGAUUCCAAAUUCGACAUUAUUAUGAAGCAGUUUGAAGGAUCAAGCCGCAUUGGAGAUGGUGGUGGAUGUGGUGACGUCCCUACUAACCCCCGAACCACCACAGGGGGUUGUCACAUUGAGGAGUACUGCAGCAGUGAUGACGACGACCACGACGACGAUGAUGAAGUGGAGGCAGAAUCGUUGCUUAACGGAAGAAGUGUCCCAUUACGUCAGAUCACUUCGGGACGGGAUAAUAUCCACUCGCGGGUGACGGAUGGUAUUUCGAAAGAUGUAUCCGUUGGAACACGCCACGGCAAGGAUGGAGGAGGAGGAUCGCGUGUAAGUAAGAGCAGCACGACCAAGAGUGUACGUAGUCGAAAGACAGGAACCGGAUCUCGUCAGGGUACGCUGAGCAGAAAAACGCAGCAUCAUCAUCGUAGAAAAAAAGAGAAAGUGAGGGAGCGUGAGCGUGAAAAGGAUAUGGAAAUGUUAGAGCGCGCGCCAUCCCCAACUGGCGGAACGUUUGCCGGUGGUGAGACGAUGUACGAUUUCAACGAUUCCUCCUUUACGUCGUACUGCUCCGAACUGUCGCCAUUGCAGGUGAACAGUUCGUAUUCGGGCGUAUCGGUAGCUAAGACCAAUUCACGCAAUUCGAAGCGUAGCUGCGAUGUUGGCAUACAGACGAAUGCGCAUGAAAUUGCCACACAGACCAUGUCCUCGUUUGAGUUUAGCGAAAAAGCACUGAAGAACGAGGAGAAUGCGGACAUAUACACCGAAAACCAUCAGAUGCUGCCAACGCUACCGAUGGUGAUGCAGGCUCCUUCAAAGCUCAUCCAAACCACCGGCACGGGUGGCAUGAUUGGGCGCAAACAACGCGAUGCAAACGAAUCUGCUGGCAUGAGCGAUGCGGAAAAACUGAAGAUGCUUUUACUGCCAUCGAAGUAAUUUUUGUCAAUCCACCCUGAAAUGAUAUUUUCACAAGCAAUAUGAUGAUAUACUAGCACAAACCGGUAACGACUUACAGAGAAGAGAUGUAGGCACGCUUUUUUUAUAGGCGUAACGAUCUACUAGGCCUGCCAUUUCUGGUUCACUAGACUUAGUUUUAGCACGUAACCGGACAGUCAAGUCCAUACUGUGUAUGUAAAUUUUCGCGGAUUUUCGCGGAAAAGAAUAGAACGAAGGAAGAUUUGAUUGUUGAGCGCAGCUAGGAUAAUUACGAUGAGUGCCUUUUAAUGCUUAAGCAUGCCGUUGAUUUCAUAUCAGCUAUACCUCGAACGCUGUGUCACUGUGCAUUUAAAGCCAUAAGAUUUGAUACUCAUGUGUAGUAGAAUCUCAAAAAAUCACAUGUGCAAAAUGAUGUUACAUUGUUUUAUGUGUUUUAUAACUGUGCUACAAAACGAAAACAAUCGAAUCAAGCAGAUGGAAUCAUACACUAAUAGGCCAAGACUGAACAAUACAUCCAGCACACGAGCAAUUGUACAAGAAACAUACAGUUAAUGUACAAAAACCGAUUGUGAGUAAAGCGUGCUUCCAAAUGUGCAAAAUGAUGCAAACAUAUUGAAAGACUAAAAAAGAACAACGCAAACAACGACCUACAAUUUAACGAUUAUACACAAUGAAUCUCGGAAGCAGUUUUUUUUUUGUUCCGUACCGUUACGCUGUUACAAGUGUAUUUGACGAUCUUGUAUAAACAUUUCCGUUUCGAUGUGCUUUUCUUACGAGUACAGUACAAGUGUAGAUUAUACCUAUGUGUGUUUAUUCCUUCAAUUUUGUGGAGGAUCAUCUUGCGUUUCCCCACGAUCAUAUGCCAAACAAUAUAACGCCAUGUGUAAAGCGGAAAUGGUUUUUUUUUUGUUUUAGCGUUGGUGUCUGCUCGGCCAAACGUUCAUCGCUUUAUGGAAAACGUUUAGCAGACAUCAAAAAUAGUAUGAAAAUAAAAUGAUUAAUUAAA